AGGCUACCAGCGGCAAAGACCGGCCAAGAUUAACUGACACCGGUUUUCCCUGCCGGCGGGUGUGGUCUCACCUCCAUACAUAAGAAUUCAAAGCUCAUCACACGCUGUAGUUUGGUGAACGCUUCCGACGGGACGGGAAACAAAUCUUUUGACUUCUGAACAAAAUUAAACCAAUCGGAAAUAUCUGCAUUUUCUUUUCACGGAUCCGGGGAUAAGCAGAAGCUGCAUAAUCAUGCCUGUGUCAAGAAUGAAGAUGAGGCAGUGGCUGGAGAAGAUGAUUGACUCCAACUGUGUCUCUGGUCUGGAGUGGGUGGAUAAGGAGAAGACAAUGUUCUCUAUUCCCUGGAUGCACGCUGCUCAUCACGGCUGGGAGCUGGACAAGGACGCCUUUCUGUUCAAACUGUGGGCCAUCCACACAGGAAAAUACAUUGAAGGCCAGACUACCGCUGACCCAAAAAGGUGGAAAGCCAACUUCCGCAGUGCAAUGAACUCACUGACAGAUAUUGAGAAAAUGAACGACAAGAGCAUCAACAAAGGCCACCGGGCAAUGCGCAUCUACAAGAUACUGCCUCUCUCCAAAGAUAUUCGGAGCCAAGCGAAGGAUGCAAAGCGUAGAAACAAGAGCAAAAGGGUGAAGUCAGAGGAUGUGGCACAUGACCGUGACACGCAGUCUCUUGUGGACAGCUGCUUACAGCUGAGUGAGGCGUCUUCUACACAGGAAACCACAAUCGACAGUACAGAAUGCCAGGCAGUUGCCAACAUGGCUGAAAAAGAAGUUUGUGAGUGGAGUCCAUCAGUCGAGAUCAGGCCUGAGAGCACAAACCACCUGUUUCAGGCAUUUGAAGUGUCACCUGAGCACAGCACUGAAAACAGCAACAUGGAUGACGACAUUAUCAGGAUUUGGCAGCAAAUGGAGGAAGACUUACCCCUGUUUCAAAGCAGUUCAGACAUAAGGUGGCUCCUGAACCUUGAAGCACACACAGACUCUUACUCCCACUCCAGCCCAGGGAGCCAAUGGAGUGACACUUCCUCAGCAGGUGAAGGGCAAGAUCUGUUUACGGAAACAGUUUUGGGACAGCUUCAGCCCAUCACGGACAACAGCCUCUAUCACCAGACCGACCACCUGCUCUGAGACAGCGCUUACUUUGUACAAAGACUCAGAACCCCUCAUGUCCAACAUCUUACCACCUUCUGAAGAUGCUGCUCAGCUGCUCCCUCCAGACACUCAUUUUGGUCGUUGCACUUUAAGCCAAAGCAUCAUCCCUUCCUCUCAUUCCAGUUGUUGGUGUUAGAUUUUUUGCAACAUUACAACAAUGUCUCUUUUUUAUUAGUUAUAUAAUUAUGUUAAUUUCUGCAAUGGUUUGUAACUUCCUUGGAGACAUACAGAUGAAGAAUGAAGAUCAUGAAGAUAGAUGUUGUAUCAUGAAGCAUGAAGCAAUAGAGCAAAGACAUUCUUUUCAUAUCUGAUGAAAGCAUGUUGUUAUGACCUAUUUUUUUUUUAUCAGAUAUUUGUAAAAAAGUUGUUUUGUACAUAUCAGAUUAUAUUGGUGUUUCUGCUCUGUAAAAUA